AUGUUCAGCACGGUAUGCCCCCUGGUGGUCAAGCAAUGUGCAGCGAAGGAAAUCAACAACGUGCAAGAACGGCAGAGGAUUCAAGAUACUGGGGUUCUGUUCUUGACUCUGCCAAGGGACCCCGAGUCAUGUACAACAUCUCUGAAACAAAUCAAUACAAUUAUAGAGCAACUUACUCCUCAAGCUGCCAACAGCAAAGAUAUAAACAGAAAAUUAGAUUCUGUAAAACGACAAAAAUAUAACAAGGAGCAACAGUUAAAAAAGAUCAAAGCAAAGCAAAAGCGCCUCGAAGCAGUUCUUGGUGGAGCAGAGACUCUUGGAACAAAUGAUGUUGAAUUUCAGGAUGAUGAAGAGCCUGGUCCAUCGUCUCUUGGCAGUAUGCUCAUGCCAGUGCAGGAAACAGAAUGGGAGGAACUCAUUCGUACUGGUCAGAUGACCCCUUUUGGAACUAAGGUCCCUCAGAAGAUAGAAAAAAAGCCACGUAGAUUAAUGCUAAAUGAAACAUCUGAUUUUGAGAAGUAUUUGGCGGAUCAAGCUAAACUGUCGUCUGAAAGGAAGAGGUCAGCCCUUAAAAAAAGAGCAAAGAAUAGAGCAGAGCUCAAGAAAGCUCAGUGUGCUCUUCCCACAUUAGUCAAAAAGGAAAAGAGGGGCAAAACCAGAAUCCUGUCAAAAACAGAUAAGCGCCUGAAAAAGCACAUGAAGAAACUUCAGACCCAUGCUCUUCAGAUCCAAUUUAAGAUAGGAAUUCCAAAGGAAAAGAGACUUCCUGAGCUCCAGGAAAGGCUGAAAGGUGAGCAAGGGGAUGAAAGUGGAGAGUCCGAAUAUGUGCCUGAUGAGGAGCUUUUUAAUCCAGAAGAUGAGGAGGAGGAACCAUUUUCUCUUGCCGAUGAUAGUUCCGAUUAUGAACUGAAGACUUUGCCAGGAGCAAGAAAACAUUCAGGGAAGAGGAUCCUUAAGGAAGAAGCUGAGGAGGAUGAAGACUUUUUCCCAAGUUCUGAGGAGGAAGAGGAGGAGAGUACCAUAGGAAAUCGUAGAGUGAAGAGAUGCAGAGAUGAUGGAGAUGAGGAUUACUAUAAGCAAAGGCUAAGGAGAUGGCAUAAACAACGGUUGAAAGACAAAGAGCGGCGUCGGAUGGCAGAAGAGGAUUCUGAUGAAAGUGAUGCUGAAUUUGAUGAGGGUUUCAGAGUACCAGGAUUUCUCUUCAGAAAGCUUUUUAAGUACCAGCAGACAGGUGUUAGGUGGCUCUGGGAAUUGCACUGCCAGCAGGCAGGAGGAAUUCUGGGAGAUGAGAUGGGAUUGGGCAAGACCAUCCAGAUAAUUGCCUUCUUGGCAGGUCUGAGCUACAGCAAGAUCAGGACUCGUGGUUCAAAUUACAGGUUUAAAGGUUUGGGCCCAACGGUGAUUGUGUGUCCAGCUACAGUGAUGCAUCAGUGGGUGAAAGAAUUCCACACUUGGUGGCCUCCUUUUAGAGUUGCAGUUCUUCAUGAAACUGGCUCUUACACCAACAAAAAGGUGAAACUAAUUCGUGAAAUUGCAACGUGCCAUGGCAUUCUAAUCACCUCCUAUUCAUACAUUCGAUUGAUGCAGGACCAUAUCAACAACUAUGACUGGCAUUAUGUGAUUUUAGAUGAAGGUCAUAAAAUCCGGAAUCCUAAUGCUGCAAUUACACUUGCAUGCAAACAGUUCCGCACUCCCCAUCGAAUCAUCUUGUCUGGCUCCCCUAUGCAAAAUAACCUAAAGGAGCUCUGGUCCCUGUUUGACUUUGUAUUCCCAGGGAAACUGGGAACCCUGCCUGUUUUCAUGGAGCAAUUCUCUGUGCCAAUAACCAUGGGAGGAUAUUCCAAUGCCUCUCCCGUGCAGGUAAAAACUGCCUACAAGUGUGCAUGUGUUUUACGGGAUACCAUAAACCCCUACUUGCUGCGUAGAAUGAAAGCUGAUGUGAAAAUGAGCUUGUCACUGCCAGAUAAAAAUGAACAGGUUCUGUUUUGCCGUUUGACAGAUGAACAACGUCAGGUCUACCAAAACUUCAUUGACUCCAAAGAAGUUUACCAGAUUCUCAAUGGAGAAAUGCAGAUUUUCUCUGGACUUGUAGCCUUGAGAAAAAUAUGCAACCACCCUGACCUCUUUUCUGGUGGUCCCAAGCUUUUGAAAGGUGUGCCAGAUGAUGAGUUAGAAGAAGCAGAUAAUUUUGGAUACUGGAAACGUUCUGGAAAAAUGAUAGUGGUAGAGUCCUUGCUGAAAAUAUGGCACAAGCAAGGUCACAGAGUGCUGCUAUUUACCCAGUCGAGACAGAUGCUGAGGAUCCUUGAAGUAUUUCUGAGAGACCGAAACUAUUCCUACCUUAAGAUGGAUGGUACCACAACAAUUGCAUCCAGACAGCCACUCAUAAUGAGUUACAAUCAGGAUACCUCCAUCUUUGUUUUUCUUCUUACAACCCGAGUAGGUGGUAUUGGUGUCAACCUGACAGGUGCUGACAGAGUUAUUAUCUAUGAUCCUGACUGGAAUCCCAGUACAGACACACAGGUAGGUUUGGCUCAGCUAGGUUUAAUGCUGAGGAUCCUUGAAGUAUUUCUGAGAGACCGAAACUAUUCCUACCUUAAGAUGGAUGGUACCACAACAAUUGCAUCCAGACAGCCACUCAUAAUGAGUUACAAUCAGGAUACCUCCAUCUUUGUUUUUCUUCUUACAACCCGAGUAGGUGGUAUUGGUGUCAACCUGACAGGUGCUGACAGAGUUAUUAUCUAUGAUCCUGACUGGAAUCCCAGUACAGACACACAGGCUCGAGAGCGUGCUUGGAGAAUAGGCCAGAAGAAACAGGUGACUGUUUACAGGCUCCUUACUGCAGGUACUAUUGAAGAGAAGAUUUACCACAGACAAAUCUUCAAACAGUUUUUAACAAACCGAGUGUUGAAAGACCCAAAACAAAGGCGCUUUUUCAAAUCCAACGAUCUUUAUGAACUCUUCACUCUGACCAGCCCAGAUGGGUGUCAAGGGACAGAAACGAGUGCUAUUUUUGCAGGUACUGGCUCAGAUGUUCAAGCCCCGAAACGCCAGUUAAAACGGAAACCUGAAAAGCCACUGGAUUGUGCUUCCAAACAUGAUCUGCAUCUUAAGGAGCAUGACUCACCUAAAUACGAUAAGCCAACAGAUUCCUCCUCAGCAAGCCAUUUAAUGAAUUCUUCUAAAGCAAUAGAGCCGGUUGGAGAAAUCAAAGGAAACUUGGAAACUUUCAACCAAAACAGUUCUGUGAAAGAUGGUACACAAGCUACUAAUAAUAUAGAUUCACUGAUUGAAGAGGAGGAGAAAAGUAUGAGACCGUCUGAGGGGUCUGUAUUCCAAGCACUGCCAGGGAAUGCACAGACUUCAGAGAAUGUGCAGUGUUCAAACCCCACAUUAACUGGUGAAAUGCAUAGGGCACCUAGUAUACCUGUUGGGAGCAGACAUAGUCUCAUAUGUGAGGCAGACAGCUCCCAGGGGAAACAGAAUGGUAACUUGGAAGAUGAACAGCUGGUAAAUAAUCCUCACAAAUGCACCUCAAAAACAAAGCACGGUAUAGCUAUGCAAGCACUUGAGAGCCACAGGGGGACCUCUAAAAAGCCAAAACAUCACAAAGGUGCCAGAUUUGAAGGGGAACGCAUCCCAUAUCUGAUGAAACAAAAGCAAUACCGAAAGGGCAACCAAGAAGAGGAGGAAGAACAAAAGAAGAAUGAUGAUUAUGUCUUGGAGAAACUUUUCAAAAAAUCAGGAAUACACAGUGUGAUGAAGCAUGAUGUUAUUAUGGAAGCUUCCAAUCCAGAUUAUGUGCUAGUGGAAGCAGAAGCUACCCGAGUGGCCCAGGAUGCCUUGAGAGCCUUAAAGAUCUCCCGACAGCGAUGUUUGGGAGCAGCUUCUGGUGUGCCAACCUGGACAGGCAACAGUGCUCUGACUGGUGCCCCAUCUAGACUAAAGAGUAGGUUUGGUCAGAAAAGGAACCCCACUUUGCUUAUCCCUCAUUCAUCGACUACAUCUCGUGGAAAGAAAUGCAAGGAUGCUGAUAUAACAAGAAAAGAGAAGGCAAAGAAAAAUACUCCCAGUGUACAUUUUGACGGGAAAAUAGAAACAGAAUCAUCCUCCAGUGCACUAGAUUCAUCAUCUUUGUUAGCUAAGAUGAGGGCUAGAAACCACCUUAUUUUACCACAAACGAUGGAGAAUGAGAGUGAUGAGACUCUUCAGGCUUCUGCUCCACUCCCUACGUCGACGGAACAUGAUGAAUUGCUGGUGGAUGUACGAAACUUUAUAGCAUUCCAGGCUCGUGUGGAUGGAGAGGCUAGUACUCAGGAGAUACUGCAGGAGUUUGAAUCCAAGCUAUCAAUGGCACAGUCUUGUGUGUUCAGAGAACUUCUGAGAAAUCUCUGUACUUUCCACCGAAGCCCGAAUGGUGAAGGUGUCUGGAAACUGAAGCCAGAAUUCCGUUGACCCUUUGAUUGAAAGUGCAUCUGUAGGUACUUAACCAAAACUCUCCUCCGCAAGACUUUCUAUUAAUCUUUUAAACUGGUGGAUCCUGUUUCGUGUUAUGUUAAUGUCUUAAUGACUGACUUGUACUGUACCUGGUGCAGCACUUAAGUGUGUCCCACUGGAGACAUAACUGACCAAUUUCCUAUUAAUUCUAUUUAUAUGAAAACUGCCACCUACCUCACAACUGAAACAAUACAAAACCUUUUCUUUUAAAAACAACGUAAUGUAAAUGGGCAGAGGAAGAGGUAUAUUAACAGUUUAUUGCAAUAAGAGCUAUGGAUUUUGCUAUGUGAUGUCCGAUUUUUAUCCAGUUUCUGUGAAGUUCAGUCUUUCUGUCGAUUACUUGACCGGUCAUGGGGGAGGGUUGUGUGCGCCCAUUUCCCCACUGAACAGAAACGUUAAUUAUGAACAGUUUCAGUGGGAAAAGAUCAUUUGUACUGACACAGUAUCAAGAAUCAUUGAGAGACUUUCAUCAGUGUUGGAAAUUUGCUUUAUGGUAUUGCUGCUUUCCUUUUUGCCUGGCAUGUCACUAGGAAAAAAAUCUGCUGCCAUGAAGGUUUAAUUGCAAUAAUAAAGAGCCAACAGCGCAUCUGGAUGAGUUGAGAUUGGUAAUGGGUUCUAGAAUUCAUCUGCCUAUUAAUCACCACUUCAAAGCCAGCCCAAGUCCCAAAGCACUUGCCUAGUAUAAUGCUUACUACCACAAACAGUCCCACUGAAACCAAUGUGCUAGUAAGGAGUAAGUCUGGUAAGGGGUGAUUGCUAGUUGCCAUCCAUGGCCUGUGUAAUAUCAAAAAAUCUCACCACAGUCGGUGUUAACUGAGACUGGUUUUCAGUCUUGAGCGAGAACCGAAUUGGCCGUGGAGAAUGCACUGCCGGUGUGGUCCUUUCAGUUCAGGGCUGAGGCACGUUUGUGGUGUGUGAGGCACCACGUUGUACACUUUCUCUGGAUAAAAACCUCAAUCUCCAGGACUCCCAAACCAGCACUAAAUGACCAUGAAUUUCUCUUGAAGCAAGGAAGAGCUGGAUUAUUCCCCACCGCUGGCACCUAAAAUCUCUCUGCAAGAUGCCAUGUGCCACAUAGAGAUUUGAAUCAGAACGUGACACCCCUCGAUGCCAGAAGGACAGUCUUGCAUUUCUUUGCAGCACCACUAAAACAUUGUAUCAUUUUAAACUAGGACUAACUAAAUAGUCCCCAGAUCCCCUUAGAGGGAGAAAGGCAAAGAUGAUCAACUGCAGGUUUUCCUUUGAAUUCGUUAGUAAGGUGAAUAAUAAAUUC